AAUUAUCAAACUGGUGAAUAUGAAAACAACAGACCCUAACAUUGAUCGAAAAGUGGACACUAAAGCGGGACUGGUAAAUUUAGCCAGCUGGCAAACAACGGACGCUUGGCUACAGAGAAUGGGGAACCAAAACUCGGCUCAAAGCUCAUCCAAGAUUUGUCCCCGAGACGUCAGCAUAAACGCGUGUCCACGUGACCUGGGGUCCACCAACCAGGAAGUCAAGGAAUGCGCUAAGACCACGAAGAAUCUCAGCACAUGUGAUCAGUAUAGAGAAAGCUGUUGCUUAGCGGUGGAAGAGGCGGACUUCAUGUACAUGCCAUGUCCCAGUUUUGUAGCUGCCUGUGACAUCGACUUGCAUUUUCAAAUCCUCUUUGAGCGUGGGAUCUGGAGCAGUGGCCCCUUGGACAGGAACUCGUUGACCGUCAACGAUACUAUGCUUUGUAGAGCGGAGGAGCGACGUGAAGGACUAAGCCAAAAGACGUAGUGGUUAAAAGCUUCAUCAUCACAUUCCUGUCCCUUCGUUGUGUGCUUUAAUGGCUUAUAAUGAAUACCAAGGUGCCAUAGAAUCUACAUCGUAGUGUCACUGAUCUGAAAUCAGCGACUUCAAGCAUCGCCCAGAAUUAAGCCCAGCAAUGCUUACUGAAGCCGUUUUGAAGAAUCGCCAUGCAGGUAGAUGCAGACCGUAUCUGUUCCGCCAAUCUCCGAUUAUGCUCAAUCCGACAAGGGCGGAAAACUGUCAGUAGUGUGGAUUUCUUUCCAUGAAUCCACGUCAGACGGACAACUCACAAAAGAACUUGGUGACAUUAGGAUAUAAAAUCGGUAUUAUAUCGUUGGCCUGCUGUGAUUCAUACGAAGUUUGUGAAACUUUAGCUUUUCUGCUGUUGUGAAAAUUGCGUUGCCUAAAUUAUAUUUAAUGCAACAAACACAAACCGGGUGAAAACCAUGGUGAUUUUAGGAUGUAGAUUUUCGGUGUUUAAAGGAGCUAAUGGUGUUUGGAAAUUCAAGGAUCCUUGCUUAAAGAUAUAAAAUAUGUUUAUUUGGUGAAAUCAACUAUAAUGGAAACAAUAAAACAAUAUUCAACAGAAACGACAUAUGCUAAUACUUUGACAGAACUAGAUCUAGAACUGUUAAACUUUACAAUUAAUACACAACUACUCCUUGAUGUCAUGCUGAUGCAGAUUCGAUGUAAUACCAUUGAGUAUCCUGCCAGAAAACGUGAAGCAGCAAAACACGAAGAAAACAAUAUCCAGGAAGACACUGAGAAAGUUUAGAGGUAAAACCAAGGAUGCGAGUAUAUAAAGAUAAAACGAUUAGAAGAAUUAAAUAAUUUUUUUUCGAUAGGCUUAAAUUAUUUUUUGAUCAAAGGUGCCAAUUAUGGGUACGAAAGAGAUGAACUUUCUGUAAACCAAAGAAUGGCUAUAAUAACCUGUAUGCCCAAAGAGGGCAAAAACUCGACAUUAUUUACAAAGCUGGCUCAGUUUAAAAUAUAACAACAUUUCCUCCUCUGUAUUACAAUGUGGUUUUUUAAUUGACAAAUUCUGUAUUUCAAGAGGUUGCACACAAGGGGACCCUCUGUCACCACAUUUAUUUAUACUAUGUGUAGAGCACUAAUAAAAAAAAUUCAAAUUUAAAAGGAAUUACCGUAGGCGAGACACAAUACAACGUUAAUCACUUUGCAGAUGAUACAAGUCAACUCAUUCUUGUUAUAUAAUUACUCUGUACCAACUGGGAAUGGAAUGUGAUUUAGCAGACUGACCGCUCAAAACUCAAAAAACCUCAGUGACAAAUUAAAGCACCGUUUUUGGUCAGAAAUAUUUGAUUUUUGGGCAAUGUUUCAAGAAGAACACCCAUGUGAUAACUGAAAAUCAGCUGUAUCCCAAACUGUGUCCCAAAAUGAUAUUAGAAUAGGUUACCAAUCAGUGUUUUAUAUACAGUGGUAUUUAAAACGUAUCUAAUAUGUAAAUGACCUCUUACAUGCUAAUGGGACAGAGCUAAUGGGUUUUGGUGAAUUCAAGUUAAAUAUGGAAUUAACACUAACUUUAUGCAAUUUGCAGGUCUGUUUAAUGCUAAUAAAAAUUAUCUGCAGAAAUUCAAAAAGAGAGAAACAAACAUUGUGUACCCAAUAAUCGCAUAUCCUAAUAGUUUACUUUUGAAUGACAGAAAAUGCAUUUUAAGUACAAAUAGUUUCCUUUUUAAGAUACAUGUAAAAGGGUCAUCUCCGUGAGAUCUAUGCCAAAGAAAAACCAGAACUCUAGAAGAUUAAUCUUUUGAAUGUAGCAGAAGUAAUGAAUUCUGGGAUGAUAUAAGUGAGUGGUUCAAAACUUCCUCGCAUGGCCCAGUGAAUUUAACGAAACGGGUAGUUCUUCUGAGAAUGGACAGCACAGAUAAGGUCUUUGAUAGCAUGCUAAUUUUGGCUAAAUUGUGUAUUUAUCAGUGUAAGUUUAGAAAACAAAUGGCAAAAGCUUCAGCUUUUAAAUAUGUUCUUAGAUAAUAUUGGGAAAUUGAAAGGGUAUCCUUCUUAUAUUCAAGGAAAGAAUUAGCCUUUGACAGAUGAUAAGAA